CAGAGGUCGCGGGCUGGAAAGCUGGGACGUGUCAAGUGUGACCGAUAUGAGUUACAUGUUUUCUGGCAAUUGCGCUCAUAAUGCGUUCUUGGGUCGCUGGGACGUGUCCUCGGUGCGACGCAUGAGGGGCGUGUUCAAUGGUGCCUUUGCGAUGAGGGGGGGAGGCAUAAGUGCGUGGAAUGUCGCAAACGUCACAGAUAUGAGCUACAUCUUCUCCAGAGCUUCUUCGUUCAACGAACCAAAUUUAGGGAAAUGGAACGUCGCUGCUGUGGAGAGAGUUGAAGGUGCGUUCUGGGGUGCGACAAAAUUCGCGCAGCCGCUUAAUGAUUGGGAUCUAUCAAAAGUAUUCAACAAUUGGCGAGAUGCAAGAAGUAGAAGAGGCGAUCGUGGUCCUCCCGCUCCUCUCUUGUCCCUUACGUUUGAUUCAUUCAUGUCUCACAUUUGGUGUGGCAUCCACACCUACUCUCACGACACUGGCGUUUGCAAGCUUUCUCGCGCUCUCUGGCCGCGCGAUCCCACGAAGGAAACCACAGAAGGCCACAUUGCAGUGUCUCCCAUGUCCCGAGCCUCUGCUUCUAAAUCCUCUCCGCAUAAUGAGAUUGCUG